GCUCUCCCUUCGUCGUGUCCCGGCAGCUCGGCUCCGGUGCAGCCCGGUUUCCUGCCUGUUUCACGGGCUCUGUGACAGAUUCCUCCCGCUAGCGUCCCGUCGGCCGCCGCCUGGCUCUGUCCGCCGGACACUUUCUUUGUUUGUCCGCCGCUCCCCGCUGCGUCCCUCCGGCUACCAGCCCCGCUGCUCCCCGCCGCUCCUCCCCGCCUCACUCUCACUUUCCCCCGCGCUAACAGCAGCUAGCUCCGCUGUUAGCUUAGCAGGCUGCACCGUGAUAAACAAGAUGGCCACUGGCUAGCUGCUGGAGCUACUCAUGGCACCUUGCCCUGUCUUUGUGGAGCCGCGACGCGCCUCCGCCGCCGCUUCGCUCCGGACGCGGUGUUCGGUGAAAGUUAAAGUUGGUUUGUUUGAAGCGGAAGUUGAGAUGUGAUGUGAAACUGACAGAAAAUAAAUCACCGACACAUUUUUGAGGGAUUGUGCGGAGGCUGCGUGGCGCCUGGAGGAGGCUACCUGAGCGGGAGCAGGCAGGUACACUGGCCCGCUGCGGUGCACCGGCAGCCGGCUGCUGCCUGCUGCUGCUCCCGGUGUCUUUGUUCCACACACACACUGUCGCACUGUUUUCACUGUGUGUGUGUGUGUGCGUGCGCGAGCGUGUGUGUGUGUGUGUGUAGGCCGCUGCUCAGUCUAUAGAAUCAUAACAGAAAAUGUUCAGGUUGUUAGUGUCGCGCACGUUAAACACUGAGAACAGAACCUGACAUGAAACAAAGACCUGGUCCAAUACUCUAAUGACCCAAUACUCUAAUGAUCUAAUACUCUAAUGACCCAAUACUCUAAUGACCCAAUACUCUAAUGACCCAAUACUCUAAUGAUCUAAUACUCUAAUGACCCAAUACUCUAAUGACCCAAUACUCCAAUGACCCAAUACUCUAAUGAUCUAAUACUCCAAUGACCCAAUACUCUAAUGACCCAAUACUCCAAUGAUACAAUACUCUAAUGAUACAAUACGCUAAUGAUACAAUACUCCAAUGACACAAUACGCUAAUGAUCUAAUACUCUAAUGAUACAAUACUCUAAUGAUAUAAUAUGCUAAUGAUACAAUACUCUAAUGAUACAAUACUCUAAUACGCUAAUGAUCCAAUACUCCAAUGAUACAAUACUCUAAUGAUACAAUACUCUAAUGAUAUAAUACGCUAAUGAUACAAUACGCUAAUGAUCUAAUACUCUAAUGAUACAAUACUCUAAUACGCUAAUGAUACAAUACUCUAAUACUCUAAUGAUACAAUACUUGAAGUACCUCAUUCUUUAAUCUGCAGGAAAUCAUUGUGAUGAUUUCAAGUUGACUCGUUGAUUGAAGCGAUGAAGAGUCAUGUGACAUUUCAUCCCAGAAGGGUCCCAGAUGUUGGAUUUGAGGCUGAACAGGAAGUUUGAGGACUUUGAGCAGCUGAUUGGUGGAGCUCAGUGAACUGAGACGACCAACGGCUUCUUUCUACUUCUAUCAAAGUCAAAAUCAAUCCUGGUCAGGUGUGGCCGGUGACAGCGUUUGAUUCCCAGAGGAGUCAGGGACACGCCCCCCAGCCCCUCCUCUCUGGUCAGAUCUCUGAAGAGACAGAGGGGGGAGUGGAGGACGGCAUCAGGGAGGAGGACGAAGACGAAGGUGGACCCCAACAAUUCUUCAGGUGUUGACCCGAGCGAGGUGAGGAGGAUAAGCUCCGCCCCUCACCAUGACAGACUUAGAGAGCGAGUGUUUGAGUCUUGGUCUACCCCCUGACUGCAGCUCCCCUCCCCCGCCCCUGGACCCCUCACUGCGGACGGAUUGCGGCCCUGGGGCCGCCGUCUCUGCCCCAACGCCCACUCUAGCUCUCCUCUCCUCCGACUGCCCGACACCCACGCUCAGCUCGCUGGCGGCAGAAAUCGCAGAGCCGCUGGUGAUGCUGCCGUGUGUGAAGAGCGAGCCGGAGGACGGAGACCUGGAGCCCAUCAGGACCGUGGACCUGUCGGAGAUCCAGUCGCUGUCGACCGCAGAGCUGGGCCAGGACCAGAUCAAGAUGGAGAUCAGCGGCCUUGACUACAUCAAGGCAGAGCAUCACGGUCUCCACGGCAACCACCAACUGGGCCCGUUUGACCACAGCGACGUCACAGAGCUGGACUACAAGUCGCACUAUGAGCCCAGCUCCGUGUUUGACUACAUCUCCCAGGUAACGGACACGCUGGAGUACAUCAAGUCGGACCACCAUGUGGACCUGCAGUGUUACUACACCACAGAGCUGAGCUCCCUGAAGUCAGAGUACCCAGAAUCCAACGCCAUGUCCACCUACCUGCAGCACAACGCCCUGGAGUCCAUCCACAUGGCCGAGCUCCGCACCGAGCUCAACAAGCUCCGCCCUGACACCCUGCUCACGGACAGUAUUGGCAAACUGGACCCUGAGUUUGGAGGCGGGGCGCUGUACGAGCUGCAGCCAACAGAGGACGGGAAGGCGUCUGCGGAGGUGACAGGGACCGGGCAGACGGGAGGGAGACUGGUCAUCACAACCAAGACCCAGAGUCCGACGGUGAGAAAACCUCGUAACAUGCAGGGGGAGAAGCCUUUCUCCUGCACGCAGUGCGGGAAGAACUUCAGCACGCUGGGAAACCUGAAAACCCACCAGCGAAUCCACACCGGGGAGCGCCCGUACACCUGCUCGCAGUGCGGCAAGAGCUUCGGCCAGGCGGGAAACCUAAAGCGACACCAGCUGAUUCACACGGGCCAGAAGCCGUACGUGUGCGCUCACUGCCCCAAAGGCUUCACCAAGGCCGACGACCUGCGGUCACACCAGCGGCUGCACACUGGCGAGCGCCCGUUCAUCUGCGUCACCUGCGGGAAGAGCUUCGGCCAGUCAAAGGAGCUGAAGGCUCACCAGCUGAGCCACACGGGCGAGAGGCCGUACUGCUGCCAGCACUGCGGCAAGAGCUUCACCAAGGAGACCAGCUACCGCAACCACGUGCAGAUCCACACAGGCGAGAAGCCCUUCACCUGCUCGCAGUGCGGAAAGACUUUCAGCAACUCCGGCGUGUUAAAAACCCACGAGAAGAUCCACUCGGGCGAGCGGCCGUUCGGCUGCACGCAGUGCGGCAAGAGCUUCGGCCGCCUCGGCCACCUGAAGGCACACCAGCAGAUCCACACGGGCGAGCGGCCGUACGCCUGCCCCCACUGUGGAAAGACUUUCAGCCAGUCGGGUCACCUCAAAGCACACGAGCAGAUCCACAAACGAGAACCCGCGGACAUGGGCGGCGGCAGCGGCAGCAGCAGCAGCAGCAGCAGCACCGUGGGAAGUGACAGUAGUUAAGAGAAUGUCCGUACCCUUUAACCUUGCGGAAAAACAAAGUAUUAUUCCUUUUUUUUUAUAAAUGCUAUCUAUACAUUUUUUUCCUUAUGAAUUUUUUCUUACAUUUUAAUACCUUUUGUGCUCUUUAUAUAUGUGGCAGGGUGGACCGACUGAUUUGCUCUUAUGCAAGUGUCUGUGUGCGUGUGUGUGUGCGUGUGCGUGCGCACGUGUUAUGUACUGUGUCUGAGCGACUGAGUAACUGAGGGGUUUGUAGAUAAUCUGUAAACUGGUCAGAGUGAUCUCUGUCUCUCUCUCUUUCUCAGUACUUAUUUUUAAAGUACUUCACUGAAACAGAAGCACAAACAUGUCUGAAGUUUAGAAACUUCCUUUUGUAUGUUUUUAGUGAAACUGAGCGGAACCUCGUUCACUGUGAAUGAUCCAGAGUUUCACAAAGUGUUACUUGUUCACACCUGCUGUUGUCUCAUCUGAUGCUUUGUCUUCACGGUUACAUAUAGUUUUACACCAUCCCUGUUGCUGUGGUUACGCCUGGUGGAGUUUCCAGCCUCUGAAUCAGAGACUUGUGUAAACUGAUCUCGUUUCAGUUUGAAAACUCUGGGUUUGUGUUUCAGUCUGAACAGAAACUGAGACUUUAGUAAACGAUGACGCAGACGUUCUCUUCCUGAU